AUGGCCAUGACUGAUAAACAUCUCCUACCAUCUUCAUUAUUCAUUGGAAAUAUACCACAAUAUUCAUCUGAAAAAGACGAACCGUAUUCUCAUAUACAACGACCAUCGAUUUUAUAUAAUUACAAGAAUGGCCAUUCGUCAUCUGAGCAUGCUGGUGCACAAUUCAAUAUCUUGUAUGACGAAGGAGAAGAUAAUGGCGAACAAACAUCCGGAUGUUUAUUUGAACUGACUCCGCCGACGACAAUUCCGAUCCAACGCGUCUCAUCGGAAGAUGAUUUCAAUUUUUACGGAAAACGUAAACGUGCGAAGUUUAUCGGACCCUAUCUGUUUGGCGAUGUGAUUGGUCAAGGUUCCUAUGCCAAAGUUAAAGAAUGUCUCGAUCGUCGUAGUUUGUGUCGACGAGCUGUGAAAAUUAUGCAACGACGCCGUUUACGUAAAACUCCUCAUGGCGAAAAAAUGGCAGCGACCGAGAUACGUUUAUUGAAGAAAUUGAAUCAUCCCAAUGUAAUCAAAUUGUACGACUUUAUCAGAAAUGACGAAAAGCAAAAAUUGUAUUUAUUUAUUGACCUUUGCGUGGUUUCGUUACAAGAAAUGCUCGAUAGUGAUGAACAUGAACGACAAACGAAAGCAUUUCCGAUCUGGCAAGCACACAGAUAUUUUGUACAACUAAUCGAUGGAAUCGAGUAUUUGCAUUCGAAAUUUAUUAUUCAUAAUGAUAUUAAACCUGGAAAUUUACUGAUCACAAUUGAACAUCAAUUGAAAAUUACAGAUUUCGGAACAGCUGAGCAACUUGACAUGUUCAGUGUUGAUGAUACAAUCAACAGAAGUCAAGGUACGCCGGCAUUUCAAUGUCCUGAAAUCGCCAAUGGUGAAGAUACAUAUAGUGGUUUUUCGAUUGAUAUUUGGUCGUGCGGUGUGACUUUAUACAAUCUUGUGACGGGCACUUUACCAUUCGAAGCUGAUAAUAUCUAUUUAUUAUUUCAAACUAUCGGCAAAGGUGUUUAUACAAUCCCAGAUGAUACUGAACCCCAUUUAACCUCACUUUUACAUGGAUUAUUACAUAUCGACAAACGCCAACGUUUCACCGUUGAACAAAUCAAACAACACGAGUGGUUUCGACGACGGCCGCCACGCACAUUUGAUUUCUUACCAUUCCCUCAAUUAGCAUUGAAUCGUUUUCAAUCAUGCACUAUGCAAGAUUAUUUGAUCGAAUUACAUCGAACCUCGACACUCUCAAAUGAUAACAAUCACAUAGAAGAGGAGACAAUCAAAAUUCCCAACAAUCCAGUAGCCUUCUUCAAUUCAUCAUAUGACAAUCAACCAAUGAAUCGACAACCGAAUGGCCGCACUGCUCUGAAUUGCAGUUGCAGUCGAACAUUAAGCGGUGACAAUAUUCCUUCAAUUAAAUCUCGAUCUCGACAUCCACCCAAAAUCUGUGUCUUAUCAUGA